CAAUUUCAAGGACGAAGUACAACUCCUUCUUAUCUCCCUGUUCAUAAACCAAAGGCAAAAAAUGUACAACCAAAAUUAAGAGGAUUUGCUAAAAAUCUUAAACAACUUCAACUGCAAAGAGUUGUUAAAAUUUCAGGUCCAAAAAAUAAACAAGGAAGAAUCAAAAAACCAAAAAUAGCAAAAAGCUCAAGACGUCAUUCAAGAGUAGUCAGAAGCCCAAGACGUAGAAAUAGAUAA